CAAGGCGAUGUGCGGCGCUGGGGCGGGGGUUCGAGCUUAGACCACAUCGCAUAUUGGCUUAGUGGUGAGGUGAGGUGCAGUUCGGUGGUUUCGCAACAGCAGAACAUGACGCAUGGGCAUCCCGCGCACUUCAUACCCUUCAUACCAGCUCUCGCUCUACUUAGGCAAGUGAUGUCUCUCAUGUUUCCCUUCUCUUUCGCUCGGAACGCUUUAUCAUGCAUCUAGGGCGAUGUCUACCACAUACGAUGAUGCCUUCAUCCGUCAACCUGAGUCUUGCCAUGCCCGAUAUGAUGUUCUCCUACACGAUGUGCUUCAGGGGGUUGGAGCUCAAUGGCACCAUACGAACUCGAUGUCUGACACAGCUUUCUUGUUCCCAAGUUUGGCGGAACAGACCGACUCGCCUACCCUACACGUAUCUCACAGCGUCCAUGCGGUUUCGUCGAAUACGAACGGCGGCCGAGCGACCAUGCAGGCCUCGGGUUGCCUGCAACCAGCCUCAUCCGCCACUGUCGAAGGGUUGUACCCUGAGAAGCUCAGUCGUUGUUCGAGCAGGAACACAGGUAGCGCCACGUCUCCCCAAAGAUCUACAACCGCUUCUACCCAACACAACUGUAGUAUCUGCGGAUACGGCUUUUCGACAUCUCAAGAUCUGGAACAGCACGCCAAAGCGACCUUCCACCGGACGUUCAAGUGCGACGCUGCCAACUGCACGAGAACUUAUUACAGGAGGGACUCAUUGGCGAGGCAUAUGUCAAUGCAUACGAAGAAAGGCGCUCAUGAGUGCUACAUUUGCGCUCAGAUAGGCCAGAGAAAGCAGUUCGUGCGCCGCGAUCAUCUUUCGCAACACAUCCGAAACGUGCACUCGGCCGUGAUUUACGACUCAUGGAGUCUAGAGUCACCUGACUUCUCACAAGCGGACUACAGUUACCCGUCUGUCAAGGGCGAUUGCCAAGCACAAGCGAUUAGUGACUUUGAGAGUGCGCUUGUUCGUAUCGUUGGGCCGGAUGAGCUGGCUGUUAUGACAGACCGGCUCGAUCUACGCAGCGGGCAGACCGAGCAGGUCGCCAAGCGACUGCGAGAGUUCAUCGCCCAUGCAGAUCCCUGCUUCCACUGCAGUGGUGACAUACUUGCGUGACAACGAAUGAUGACCUGGAAGUGUUCUGCGCUGCUUUUGGGUUCGCUGCUCAUGCAUGCUUGAGUCUGACACCAGGUUGCCGCAGAUCUGCAAUGCAGCAUUAUCGACAUGAAGAGAUACUCAUGAGGUUCGGUUUACUUCAGCAGCGAGGUCACGGCUCGGUCGGAUUCAGCGGUGUUCCAGUCUUCUUCAAGAAUAUACGAUCUACAGUGGGUAGUUUGCAUAUAGCAGCUAGUCCGCUCAUAUAGGCGUACAGCCUCAAGCUCCCAUACUCUGACUUCCGCAGCCUUCAAGCAGCGUGCACGAUACCUCUGCGUAAGGAGUUCGGCCGCACAACGUGCGUUCUUCCCAACGCACCUUUGC